AACUUAAUAUUGUUAUCAAUAAGACCCUUCCAAAUGCGAACGUGUAUAUCUAUAUCACGUAACACCGAUAGAAGAUAAGAAUACAGACCCAGAAACUACACGACAAUGGCAGUUUACAACGUAUUUAUAUUUGUGUUAAGCCUGUGUGCUAUUCAUCAGGCUUCGACACAGACCUGCGAUGAUGUGGAUAGCACGGUUUGUCAGAUGUUCCGUGACAAGCGAGAUAUCUGUGUGGAUCCAUGUUUGUCCAAAUUAUGCCCAAGAUUAUGCGGAACUUGUCCUCUGAAGUGUUACCACUGUGAUUCAGUCGCCGAUGUGAAUGAUUGUAAUGCUACCAUGGAGUGUUCGAACGGAGAAAAGUGCAUAGUGACCGAAACUUUGGCGGCAGAUUUUUCCAAAAGUUAUCGAUUAGGAUGUGCAACAAAUGAGGUUUGUACGCAAUUGUUCGGAGCUAGUACAGGUGGCUCCUCUCUAAUAAUUGGAAGAAGAUCGCUUGAAAAACGGGCAAAUCUUGAUGGAGAUUGUUGCGACUCUGAUCUGUGUAACCAGCACACUCCAUCACCCGCUAGAUUACGGCGUCAGAGCAACGUCACAACUACUGUGAUAAUGGAAUCAACGACAAUGAUGCCUCCACCAACGGAGUCUACAAACUCCAAAUGCUCUGACAUCGAUACAGCUGGCUGCCAGAGACUGCUUGGUCUUAACAAGGGCAUGUGUUCGGAUCCCUGUGUGGUCCAGGCCUGUCCUAGAACAUGCGGGAAAUGUUCUGAGUGUUACUGGUGUAACCAUAUAAAAAAUCCUGAGCAGUGCAACCAGACCACAAACUGUGAUAUCGGAGAGACAUGUUACGUAUUGGAGACAUUGUCUAACAGUGGACAGCACUCUUACAAUGUGGGCUGUAUGCACCAGAGUGUUUGCAACCAAUUCCAUGCACAAGCUGCUCAUAUCUUUGGCAAGAGAGCAGAUCCGGUAGAAUUGUCACUAGAUGGCGACUGUUGUUCCGGUGACCUUUGUAAUCACCACGUGCUUGUCCAUGCGACAACUACGACCACCUCCUCACCAACAGACGCGUGUGCCUACACAGCUGCUAAUCACCAUUGCCCUACUAAUUUCCACUUAGUGGACGGGAAAUGUUACAUGAUUGGGGGCAGCGCGGGUACCUUUAACGACGCUGUCAGCUAUUGUCAAACUCAUUGUUCAAAACUUGCUGAGAACCUGUCUCAUGGAGACUUUAGAGCUCUUGUACAAUGGGUGAAUGAGGACUAUGUAUACAUUGGAGCUAAGGAUACACAUAGAGAUGGAGAAUUUACCUGGAUCACAAGCGGCAGACAUGCUGCUAGUUACAGCUACCCUGGCGCAAUACUUGGGUUUCAUAACUCAAGAACAUGCGCCAGUUUCCAUCGCGGAAGAUUCCAUGCUGGUGAUUGUUCAGACAAAUUGAAACCACUAUGUCAGGCACCAAUGAAAUAAAGAAAAAUUGGUAAAAUUA